CACUCUGCUACGCGUACAUAGCCUCUACCUACCACCGAUGCCUCCUUUCCUCUUGGAACACCACAAAGGAGAACACUCUUUCUUCAUUGGAGCCUAAAGAAGUCUCACACAGACUCUCAUACACACAUCGCACUCUCGUUCCACAUGUGAACACUACCGACAGCGUGCAACUCCCAGACCCACUGGACUCUUCUGCCCUCUGGGCCGCACCUCUAUCCUUGUGCUAGUCUACUGUGGUACUCUGACAUCAACUCAUACCACAGCAUCAGAAGACUGACGUUCACCAGUGCCACAACAGGGAAAUGCUAGUCCUCUGGUGACCCAUACGAGCGCGACAUCGCCAUGGGCAGUGGGCCCAGUAAAGAACGUCGGGGAUCCAGCACUCAGGCAGCCUUGCUGGGCCAGGAAGAGCCCGCUGAGUCAGUCAUACUGGAGAGUAGCAAGUAUAUGGUAGUGGCCCUGUAUAACUAUCCCACUGGUCCCCCAGCACACUGCCGCAUCCACACUGGAGAGAGACUCAGCGUGCUUUCAGACGAGGGGGAGUGGUGGAAGGUGAGAUCCUCUGCCACAGGCAAUGAGAGCUACAUCCCCAGCAACUACACAGCCAAGGUGUACCACAGGUGGCAGUAUGAGGGUCUCAGCCGAGAGAAGGCUGAGGAGCUCCUCUUUCUGCCCUACAACCAGACUGGCUCUUUUCUGGUCCGGGAGAGUGAGACCCAUCCUGGUGCCAACUCCCUGUCAGUGCGUAAGAGCAGUGACCAGGAUCGUCGCUCAGUCAAACACUACCGGAUCCAACAACUGGAGAAUGGCUGGCUCUACAUCUCCCCCUGCCUCACCUUCCCCAACCUCAGAGCUCUGGUAGACCACUACUCAGAGGUCCGUGAUGGGCUGUGCUGUCUGCUAGGGGAGCCCUGCUUCAUCCAGGGGUCCAACAACGUUCCUGUGGUUACUGGGCCACUCCCCAUGGCUGUCAGGAAGCCCACCCUCAACUGGAAAGAUAUGGACAGCUCCAUGAUUUUUGGCAAGGACAAAGGCAAGGACAAUGAGGAUUCCCUGGUGAGUGAGGGAUUAAAGGAGGCCAUCAAAUCCUACCGCUUCAUGACAGAGGACUGCAAAGGCUCCAGCCACAAAUGGGACAGCUGAGCAUGGAUCUGGCAUCAUAACGACAGAGAGAUACGACAGAGAGAUACUCAGACCAUAAGAUGGAGUGCUUUGCAUCAAGCUACCCAUUAAAGCU